AUGGCUCCGCUUGAAGUUAACGACAAAAAUAUUUUACAAGUGUAUAGAAAUAUUAGAAAAUCCCAAAUGGGAAAUGUUAAAAAACGGGAAAGACGGUCAGCACCCAAAUAUAAAAUCGGCGAUUAUGUUCGAAUAACCAAAGAGAAAAACGUGUUUGGUAAAGGGUUUACGCCGAACUUCACCGAAGAGCUGUUCAAGAUAAAGUCGAUAGCCCUUAGAACACCGGUUGUCUACUACAUCGAAGAUUUGGCUGGAGAGGAAAUUACCGGAACAUUUUACGAAGCAGAGCUUCAAAAAGUAAUUCGUAAUGAGGGCGCUGCACAAGCUAUCGAAAAGAUUAUAAAACAGCGGCGACGCGGCAAAACCGUUCAGUAUUUCGUGAAAUUUCGAGGGUAUCCUAGUAAAUUCAACUGUUGGGUCAAUUCUUCAGCAAUUUUGCCAAUAUGA